CGGUGCCCCGCAUGGCCGCAGCCCGUGGCGGCCGCAGCCUAUCGCCGCCGCCCGGCCCGGCCCUUCCCCCGGCCCGCCCCCGGGGCACCGGCACCGCCACAGCCUCAUUCAAACGGCGGCAGCGCCCCGCAGCCCCCCGCCGGCUCCAGAUCUAAGGAAGAACUGCCUUGUUGGUAGAGUGUCUUAAUUGGAAACAUGUUGGCAACCAAGCUGUCCCGGCCUCUCCUGAACAUCUCUUUGAAAAAACUGAAUUUCAAGGACCCAGGGAAUGGCUUCAGGCCUGUGAAAAGAUUUUGCUUCCCUCUCUUGUCCUCAUCUGGUAGCCGCUCUUAUGCAAGUGAGGUUGAUCAGAUCGGCAGUAGAGCUGUGCUUAUAACAGGUUGCGACUCAGGGUUUGGAUUUGCCUUGGCCAAGCACCUGCAUGCCAAAGGCUUCAUUGUUUACGCUGGCUGCCUGCAAAAGGACAAGGGAGAUGGUGGCUCCAAGGAUCUGGACAACAUGAAGAGUGACCGAAUGAGAACUGUCCAGCUCAAUGUGUGUGACAGCAAAGAAGUGGACCGGGCAGUGGAGCAUGUGAAUAGCAGCCUGGAGGACCCAGAGAAAGGGCUCUGGGGACUGGUUAACAACGCUGGGAUCUCCACGUUUGGGGAAGUCGAGUUCACCAGCAUGGACACCUACAUGGAGGUGGCUGAAGUGAACCUGUGGGGCACUGUGCGAACCACCAAAGCUUUCCUGCCGCUCAUCCGGAGGUCAAAGGGUCGUGUAGUGAACAUCAGUAGCAUGAUGGGUCGGAUGGGCAGUCCUGCCCGCUCGCCGUACUGCAUCACCAAGUUUGGCGUGGAAGCCUUCUCCGACUGCCUGCGGUACGAAAUGCAGCCCCAGGGGGUGAUGGUCAGCAUCGUGGAGCCGGGCAACUUCAUAGCUGCCACCAACCUCUACAGCCCCGAGCGGAUCAAAGCCAUAGCCGACAAAAUGUGGGACGAGCUCCCUGAGAUAGUGCGCAAAGACUACGGCAGGAAGUACUUCGACGAGCAGGUCAGCAAGAUGGAGACGUACUGCAACAGCGGCUCGACAGACACCUCGCCGGUCAUCGAGAGCGUUGCCCACGCGCUCACCUCCACGACCCCCUACACCCGCUACCACCCCAUGGAUUACUACUGGUGGCUGCGCAUGCAGAUCAUGACACACAUGCCUGCGGCCAUCUCAGAUCGGCUCUAUGUCUAUUGAGGCCUCGCACUCCUAGGCUACCCCAGUGGGAAGUUUGUUUUGAAGAGAGCAUUGUACACAGUUCCCUUUUUUUAAAUUUUUCUAACCUCAUUUCAGAGUACUGUAUUUUAGCUCUAAAGGGUUCAUCUAAACAUCUGACAUAACCUAAAGGGCAAUAACUUGCAAAGGGUGCUUCAUAGGCAGGAAUAUAUUAUGUUUGUGCAGGGACGUUGUUUCUUUGCUAUUUAUUUCAUGUAAUCCUUCUUUUUUUUUCACCUCAAAUGUCAAGUUAAAAUCGUUAUUUAAAUUGCAAUUGCUCUUAAGUGGUUUCAGAAUAAUUUCUGCUGUUGACCGCACACAAUUUUCAGAAUUCCUGCCUAGGACGCAGCCUUCGCACCGUAUAACAGAGGCCCUCCAUGCUGUAGUGGCAAGCCACCGCCUCCUGAUGACUAAGUGUGUCCAACAGACUUUUCCAGGCCUGAUUACAGUAACCCAAGGCAAAGCAGAGACUUCUGUAAUUUGGGGAUCAGAACUCAAGACAUUCGAAAUGCUGAAACUAAGCAGCCGACCCUGUCCCUUCUUCUCUGAGAAUUAUACUGAGAAUUACUAGAGAAAAGGAACCAGUCUGCUUUUUUCACAUGGUUUCUUGGAGUUCAGUCAUCCAAGGACUCAAGCCAGCAGACUUUUCCCACAGGAGUUUCUUAAUCGUAUGAGCAUUCCCAUGGGUGUGAGAAGCUUUACUCACAGGGCUGCAGGCAUCAGGAUUGACCCCUAGUAACAUUUCUCUUCUCUUCAGUAGUAGUUGAAUGCCAACUCCUAGAGUUUCCCUUCAGCUCCUAUAAUCUGUGAGGGUCACCACUGACCACAGGGAAGCAAAGAGGGUUGUAGUGAAUCAGAUCAGUGAAUGCCAUUCUUACCAGGGACCUCAGUGUGAGUUACACUGAAGUAUUUGUACAGCACCACGCACAGAAGGCCCUUAACCCUCGCCAGGGCCUCCAGGCACUACUGCAGUGCAGGUGCCAUUAGUAACUUCCAUUGAAGGAGUCACUGAGCCGAAGUACAUCUAACAGGAUAUAAAUCUAACAAAACGUCCAUAACACAGUAAAGUAAACUUUAGGUGCAGUGUAAUUUCCAUGAUGGUUAUGUUUACAUGUCUGUGAAACAUUUGUUUUGUACUGUAAGAAAAUAAGGAAAGGAAAGGACAAAGAAAAUGAAAGAAAAAAAGGAAGGAGAAAGGAAAAGAAAGGAGAAAGGAAAGGAAAAAGGAAAGGACAGGACCACAAAAGAGCCUUUCGUGGGGAAAUGUUGAAAGAGUUAAUUUGUUUAAGCUCAAAAGGAAAAAAAAAAUAAAAAAAAUAAUUAAAAUAACCAUUGCUAGCAAAGUUGAAGAGAAGGGAUCUCAUGUGCUAUAGUAACAUACCAUGACGUGAUCAAACUCCUUUGGCUUAAUAAAUGUAUACAUGAAUGGUAAAA